AUGGUUCGGGGAGCAUACAGCCGUGGUGCGGGCGCAGCCCGGUACUCGAGCAACGCAGCGAGCCGCGGGACGGGUCUACGCAGUUGGGCUCGAGCCCGAGUCUACGGAAUGAAGAACGCAAACGCCCCUCGAUUCGCGUCGAACCGAGGCGGUGCGGCGGCAUCCAGAAACCUCGCCAUCAGCCGAGGCCGAUACACCGGCUACGGAAGCUACCGCAGGGCGCCCAGCUCUUACACACGCGGUCGCGGCGGACAAGGCGCCGCUCGGGGUGCCGCAGCCGUCUCCUCCGCCUACAGGGGCGGCAACUCGUCGACGCGCAACGGCGUCCAGGCCUGGAGAGAGAGACAGGCGCAGAGGGGCGCGCGCGGUGGGGCGUUCCCUGCGCGCCGUGGGGGUUUCCGAGGCGGUCGCGGAGGAGGCGGCUUCCGCGGGGGCCGUGGUGGAGCCCGAGGCGGCCGCGGCGGCCGCGGCGGCCGCGGCGGCGGCGUGUCCGUCAAUAAGGAGUCGCUCGACGCGGAGCUCGAUAAGUACAUGGGCGAUGACAACAUCAAGAAACGCCUGGACAACGACCUCGAGAACUACUUCAGCCGCAGCGGUGGCGCCGUUGCAGGCUCGCCCGCCGCGGGCGCCGGCGCGCCUAGCCAAACAGACGACGCCGCCCGCGUAGCAGGCACAGCCGUCGUCGCCAACGGCACUGCCGCGGACGCGACCGUCAGCGGAGGCGUCGCUCCGAGAGGCGGCAUGGACGUCUCUAUGGACAACAGUCUGUAG